AUGAAUCAAACUGAAAUAUUGUACGAGGUUCGAGAACUGUCCAUUUUGAAAAGUGUAACAUUGUGGUCAGUCAAUGUGGUUGGUCUAUUGGCAAAUGUGGUCGGGUUCAGCUUGAUAUCCCAAGUUAAAAUAUCCCUGCCAGCAGCUCGACUUCUGCUUCGUCAUCAGUUUGUCUGCGAUGCGAUAGGCUGCACCGUGGCUAUGGCAUACUGGAUCACAUUCGGUUUGAAAAUCCCGCCAACUCUAUUAAUGGCCACUGCUUUCUCCUAUUUAUGGAGUAAUUAUUUUGUGUUCUGGUUCACAGUGGUUCUCAGCUCCACAAAUCUCGCGAUGCUAUCGUUUGAUCGAUACUGGGCCGUGGUUUGGUUCCGUAGCUAUCGGCGCAACUGUAAGGGCUACCUGAUUUCAUUGAUAAUCAUUAUUUGGGCCUACACUAUCGUCUUCAGUGCACCGCCAAUUAUCUUUUCAUACUAUUACGGGAACCCGACAACGGCAACCAGUCCGAAACUCAGAGCAUGCAUGAUGGCGUAUCAGGUGAUCAUUUUUAUUUUUGCUUAUAUUCUACCCGGAGUGUUGAUCUGUGUGAUUCAAGUCAGAAUUAUACUGUUGUUACGGGGAAAAGUGCACGUCCGAGCGGAGAAAAGUUCAACAAGUGAUCCCUUAGCGCAGGACAGUAACGGUGCAAUCGAUCCAAAUGUGCGUACAAUCACAUUGGGAAUUUUUAUCAUGAUUGUGACCUAUAUUGUGAGCAGAACAUAUGUACACUUUGAGAGUUUACUUGCCACCUUUGGUGUGAUCCGAAUCCGAAUUUUGAAACUAUGGCAGUACGACGGAAUACUACUGUUUUCUAUCAACUUUUCCGUCAAUCCCCUGGCGGUCAUAUUCACUUCGCCCGCUUGUCGUCAGUUACUAAGUCGGAAAACGGCUUGCAUCAUCGAACCGAUUCACCGUUUAUGCUCGAAAUAUGUGCGGAAGAAUGUCAAUUCCGUUUGA